GCCUAGAUUCACAAUCUGCUCUAUUUGUUGCUCCGGUCACAAUGUCCUUCUCUGGAAAAUAUCAGCUGGAAACUCAGGAGGGCUUUGUGCCUUUCAUGAAGGCCAUUGGUCUUCCUGAUGAUCUCAUUGAGAAAGGCAAAGACAUCAAGAGUGUAUCAGAGAUCGAAGAGAAUGGGGACAGCUUUAAAGUGACAGUCACAACUGGGUCUAAAGUUAUGGUCAAUUCCUUCACAAUCGGCCAGGAAAGCGAGGUGGAAACACUGACUGGGGAGAAAAUCAAGGCCGUGGUGCAGAAGGAGGGCAACAAACUGAAGACAAACCUGAAGGGUAUCGAGUCAGUCACAGAGCUUGUGGAUGCCAACACACUUGUGCAUACUAUGACUUUGGGUAACAUUGUCUUCAAAAGGGUCAGCAAGCGUGUGUAAUAAAUGCUGCAGUUUUGGAUUGUAAUAAUGUAAAAAAAAAAUUGUAAUUAAAAAAUAAUUCUAAACA